AUGCCACGACCAGGAGGCGCAGGCAGGAAGACUCAUCACGGAAAUCGACAUGAGAACGGCAUCCCAGUUUCCGGGAAAAAGCUCGCCAAGCCAAAGUCAAAUGGCCACUUGAAUGGCAAUCUUAAUGGUGCACCUCCGCCCACACUUUCUUCACCCUCGCUCGUCCCAGCCAUCCAGCCAGGUCAACCUCAGACAAUAGCUCGUACUGGGGAUCACAGGCUGGAUGCAAUGAUGUGCUCGUCAAAGGCGGAAUCAAACGGACGGGCUCAAGCAAACGGAUACGAGAAAGCCAGCACAGUCGUGUCGAAUGGACAUUCAUACACACCAGCAUCGACGAACGGAGCAACGCCAACCACUACCCUCGGGGAACAAACGCGGACAAACGUAGACAAGACAGGCGGAAGCAUCUCAUCGUUGAAGAAAACAUCAUCACCAAGCGGCUCUGUGAACCCGCUCUCCUUGGCCACUGCAAUUCUCAAAUCAUGCCCGAUGUACGACACUAUCGCCAUCCUCAUCUUUCUCCUCCAAUUGCCUCCAAUAGUCUUGACCCUUGUCCAGUUCUUGUUUGCAUCUCUAACCUUCAUGCCUCCUGCUGGCGUUUCUACGAACGUUUUGACUUCGAAUUUCGACAUUUUCCAGGGUCCUGCUGGAACUCCCUCUCUUUCAACAAUGAUCGCCAUGGAUGGGUUUUGUCUCUUGGUUUGGGGCCUCUUUAUGUGGACGUGGGCGCAGAAUUUCGCUAUAGAUCUCGCUCAGGUCCAGGUUGCGAUCACAAUGGGAGGAGGAAGUUCGGGGAAAAAUGAAGGAGUCAAUGCUUUCUGCGUCUUGAUGGUUCUGAUCGUGCAUGUUGUUCGUAGUAAAGGUGUACAAGAUUUUGUCAUAAGUUACCUUUUGUCGGCCAAACUGAUAACCACGGAUACCCUCGCUCAAUAUUCUCACCUGGUUCCUCAAGAAUUCCGACGGAAAGAACCUCCAUCUCCGCCAAGCUGGUUGCGAAGUCUCCUUGCUGUUCAUAUCCUUGCACAAGCAGGCACUGCUAUGGCAAGGCGCUCGAUGGCCAAAAACCGCUCUUCUCCACCGACAAAAUCCGGAAAACGAACUGAUACCGAGGCAUCUGCUGGUUCCCAAACUCAUGUCGAUUCGUCGACGUUCGAAUCUGCCACGAAUGGUUCAUCUAUUUUGACUCCUGAUGGUGCUGUGAUUGGGCCAUCUAUACUGAAAGAAAACCGAGAGCGACUCUCCAGUGCAAAGAAGAGACGAAGACAGGCGAAUCAAGUGAGAAGUAGGCAGCCGUUUUGGGCUGCUUUGGCAAGUACCAAAGUCACCGUGAUGCGAGAGUAUGAUCAUUCACGUAAUGGGACAUGGUCUACUCCUCAUCACCCGAUCACUGAGGACGAUGCCGAGGGAUUUCCCUUGGAUGAUGGGUUUAUAUGGAUUACGCAGGUCGAUAAUUCUUCGAUUAAGUUCGCGGCAAGUGAUUUUGCUCAGGUUGAUGAUGCCAUGUACGACAAUAGAGAUCAGGAUAUUCGUGCGGAGCCUUUCUAUAUUAGGGUAAACGGUGCUCAUUGGGCGACUGUUACCCUUUCUAAAGUUUCUAAGAACGCAGGUGAACCCGCACUUGUCUGCUGGAGAGGGGAAAUUUCUGGGCUGGCGCCAGAUUGUGCGUACACUUGCAGCUUCAUUCGCUACGAUACCGACGAAGCUAUCUGUGUUAUGAGUGUGAAAACACCACCCACUCCUGACACAGACCAAGCACUCUCCGCCGUUAAUAUCUCGCCGUCGCCACGACAAUCUCUUCGGCCCUCUUCUCCCACAACUACCAUCAAAAAUUCCAUUGCCAAUGCUGAGGCAAAGCUGAAUGAACGUCGUGCUCGCCUAAAGCGGUCAAAAAAUGAUCACAAGCUACUUAUUUCCAGGUUGAAGAAAGAGGUUGAUAACUUCAAUACGCGUCUCAGUGGUGCUUCCGAUGAAAACCGACAAAGACAAAGAUUGCUACAACUUGAACGGACCAUUAAACAAACCGAAGAAGCCACUGCUGCAAUUGACAUUCAGUUACUGAAUCUGGAAGAUGUCCCGCAAAAUGAACUAGAAGAGUGGAAUUCUCGAAAGUGUGUCUUUGAUCAAGAGAUGGAUCGUGUAAAAUCGCUCAAGGAGGAGGUGGACAAUGCAAGGAUCAUGGCCAGCCGUAGUGUAGCUUCAGCAAAAUCAGAACUGACCUCGGUCAUCCAGAAGCGUGAACGACUACAAGGGCGCCGACAACGACUGACUGAACAGCAUGAGCGCAUUACUAGUGCUAAUAGCCAGGGUCUCAAUGAGCGGGAACGGAGGUCGGCGGAACAGCUUGCAAAGGAACGAGAACGUGCUAGUAUCGAAAAAACUUUCAACGACCAAUUAACAAGCAUUACUCGGUCAAUUCAGGAUUAUCAGAUUCGGACAACCCACAUCUGGCAGCAAGUCUCUGCCGUCGAGCAAGGAAACCACCAGCAACAAAUGCUGAUGACUGCAGGCCCCCUCACACCGGAAGGUGAUCUGCCAGGAACAAAUCCCCCACCCCCUGAAGCUAGCACAUCUACGAUGUCCCCUAUGCCCUCGACUACGAGGUCUCUUUCAGGCGCAAUGUACACGUCUGUUGGGACCAAUGAAGCGACAGGGCUUACUGACCGCCAAACUUCGAUUUCUCCAGUUGUGGCAACUUCACACUUAAGUGUGGAGCAGCAACCAUACCCUUCCUCUCCAUUAGUUACUGCAGCCCCUUUCUUUGGACCGGAACUAAGGACGCACCGCCAUCGAUCACUCUCCAAUUUCUCUGGUGUUAACAUGCCGGUAGACCAGGUCAUGCCAAUGCGACUACGAGACUCACCUGAUUCUACAGAGGAGAUUAACCUGAAACGUGCAAUGCAUUUUGGACUAAAUACUCGCCGGUUUACUAGAGCAGGUAGCCAAGGCAGCGCUAGUGGUAGCGGAACCGGCUCUGGCAGCGGAAGUGGGAGUCCUCAUUCCAGUCGAGAGAAACCGAGUUGGUGCUAAGGGUUGUGAAACGUCGACCACCGUUGCUCUUCCUCGUCCCCUUGCGCACUAUUAUUAUUUCGGUUGUUAUCAGUAUUGCAUUGACGUCCGCUUUCAUCUUCUUCCUUGCCUCCUCUCACAUUGCCCAACAUUUAGUCUGCUUUCGAUGAAAAGGGAAGUUAGCGGCGCAGCGCUCUAGUGGAACUAGAAAUCCCUAUGCAAACCUACGCGCUUUAACUCUUUUCGAUAUUGUUACUGCCCGUCUUCGCCUAUCCAGGUACCAAGUCUUCAAUUCAAACUUUUCAAUCCAGCCUCCCACCAUAUAGAAUGCUUCGUAUCUGGUACUUUUCGAAGAUUCUUAUAUGCAUUGGAUUCCGGUUUCCUGUGUGGUUGGACAAACUCCGCAAGUUGGGACUCAGGAAUACUUACAAGGGCAAGUAGAAGGAUAUGCAAAGACAAGGAGGAUUUCCCUUACCGAGAGCUUGCAUGACUCUCUUCGUCGUUCUUAAUCAUUAGACGAUGUGAGAAGGAAAUCCGCUACUCAUUUAGGAGGAGGAGGAUAAAUAAAAGCACUCUCCGCAGAUAAAUUUUGAUUCCACCAGCGCUGUUUUAGGCAUCAGACGACUUGAGCAAAAAUAUAUUUUUAAACCAUC